AUGUUAGGUUAUGAAAAUAUCCGGUUCCCUUUUUGUUCGACUUGUUCGAGAGAUUUUGUGUAUUUGUAUUUUGUAAUUAAUAAUUAUUGUUGUUGUCUUGUUGAUUACUAAAUACUACAUAAGUAUUUACCUAUUUUUUUUUCAUUCUAUUAAGCAUUUAAGCAAUUGGUGAAACUUUAAAUGUUUGAUWUUGGCAUUUUUUAUUAAGUUGGAUAAUAUUUUUGAUCGCAAUUAUUUUACCCUGUGAAAAACUAAAUUUCUAAGACCCAAAAUGGAUAGYGAUUUUUCUUUAGCUGCUAAGCAAACUUUAGAAAACUAUGACGCAAAGGUUCCUAAAGAACAUGAUCGUGUGUAUAAAGACGAAUGUCUUUAUUCAUUUGAUUCUCCAGUAAAAUACCCAUUGGCAGUUAAACUUGGUACUAUUACAAAAGAGGGUAAAGGAGAUGUAUACAGUUAUCCAGAAGAUGAUAUGGUGGAAAAUCCAAAUUUAAUCAAACAUCUCUCACAUUUUGGUAUCAAUAUUUCUGCUUUAGAAAAGACUGAAAAAUCAAUGGUAGAAUUAGAAUUAGCUUUAAACCAAAAAGUUGGUGAAUGGGCAACAUUACAAGAAAGUGGAAGUGAAUUAAAACCAAUUUUUGGUCCUGGUUACACAGGUAUUCACAAUUUGGGAAAUUCUUGUUAUAUGAAUAGUAUCAUGCAAGUUUUAUUUUCUAUUUCGGAUUUUACCGAUAAGUACUAUUUAGCCUCAAAAGAUAUAUUUGAAAUGUGCCAAACCAACCCCACUGAAAAUUUUGAUGUACAAAUGGCAAAAGUAGCUCAUGGCCUAUGUUCAGGAAAAUAUUCAACGCCACCUUCAGAAGUUGUUGAAGGAAAAAAAUAUUGGCAUCAUGGUAUUAGACCAACUACUUUUAAAUCGUUGAUCGGUAAAGGACAUCCUGAGUUUGCUUCAAAGAAACAACAAGAUGCRCAAGAAUUUUUUUUGUAUUUUUUGUCUAUGAUAGAGCGCUAUAGUCAAAAUUCUCAAAACCCAGCAGAAUGUUUCAAAUUUAACAUUGAAGACCGUUAUCAAUGUUCAACUACAGGACAAAUUAAAUACACUUAUAGACCAGAAUACUGUUUGCCACUGUCUAUUUCACUUGACAAUAUUGUUAACAAGGCUGAAGUUGAAGCUUUUAAACAAAAACAAGCUGAAAAUGAUAAUAAAGAUGUAACUGAAGUAGUUCGGCCACGUUUGAAAUUUACUUCUUGUUUAAAUUCUUUUGGUCAGCCUGAAGUCAUUGAACAAUUCUUCAACGCUACAUURAAUCAGAGAACUACUGCAGAAAAACAACCCUUCUUAUUUCGCGUUGAACCAAGGACUGCGGAAGGUAGUCCCGCUGGUUGA